UCUGUACAGUGAUACAAAAUUAAGAUGGAGAUAAUGGCUUUAUCAUCAUCAUCAUCGUCUUCGUCGUUUCUCCCGGUUUCGAGUUUCAGGCGGAACAGUCAUUCAUCGAGAAAUUUCAGAAGAGCAAAUUCACUUCCAAUGGCGGUUCGCUCGUGCCUCUUCGACGAAUCCAACCUACUCCUCCAAGCCGCUAAAUACACUGUGGAUACGUACGUGGAGAAUGGAAUGGUGGUAGGGCUGGGAUCUGGUCGGGCUUCUGGUUUUGCUAUACAGUAUUUGGGUCGGCAACUUCGAUCCGGAGCCAUUAAAGAUAUCACCGGCAUUCCUACAUCUGUUGAGAGUGCAACUGAAGCAGCAAAGGCAGGUGUCCCUUUGGAUCAAUUUAGAGACAUCUCUAAAAUUGAUUUAGCAUUCGAUGAUGCGGAUGUUGUAGAACAAGAGUCACUUUCGGCGGUCAUUGGGCGUCAGCAAAUGCACGGUGGUGAGUCAAUAAUUGAAGAAAAGAGCAUACUGAGAGCAGCUGGGAAGCUGGUCCUCAUUGUUAAACCACAGCAAUACCAGAGUGCUGUAGAUGGAUCGAUUCCAGUUCUAAUUAAAUCUAUUAAUUGGUUGGAAACUGCUGAAGAAAUAGACGACCUGUUUCUUGGUGAUGCUGAGGUUUGGAGAAGAUCAUCGUCUCUAGGGUUUGUGGGUCCGACAGGAGGUGACUAUCCAAUUGUCACUAAAGAGGGGUAUAAUGUUCUUGAUGUAAUAUUCACAUCGCCGAUUCAAAGCCUUGUUGAAGUGGCUGAUAGUCUCGAAGAUGUGGUUGGUGUUGUCGAACAUGGUGUCAUCUCGAGAAUCCCGUGCACAGCAGUGAUAGCCGCAGAAGAUGGGCUGCGCAUUGUUGAUAAUACCAUUAAGAUUGAAGGAAGCAUGGUUUAAAUCUCAGGUUACCUACCAUGUGUAUCAUCAUCAUCUCUGCAUGCAUAUUUUUUUUAUAUAAUGUAAUUAUUAUAUUUGUCAAAUACAACAUAGAAUAUGUAUUUAUAACAGCAUUGAGUUGAGAAAUUAAUUUCUAUAAUGAGUAAAGAUAAAGGAAAAUUCCAUUCCUCGUUGUACACGGAA